AUGACCUGCGGCACUCCAAUUAAAACCCCUGAAAUCACAGUGCCUGCCCAACAAAGUUGGGAGGUGUAUUUUGUGGAAUACCCAAGCGAAAUUUCCAAUGAACAUUUCUAUGCUCUCUAUGUUUACGACGAUCCUGAAAAUGAACUUGGUUCCCACUUUUUUACUCAAUCGAUGGAAGGCCAACUGCCUCGUGAUGUGAAAUCAAAGACCAAAAGUGGUGAUCAUACCAAGAUGCUGCCUCUGGGCGUCACGCUCGGUGCCAACUAUUCUGGCAGUUGGUACCAACUGCAAAAUGACUUGCCAAAAUCAUCUCAGAAAGAUCGCAAGCCUGCCGAGUGGCUUGCACAGUUCGUUGAGGAAUUGAAAAAGGCAGGGCUGGUUUAUUUGAAGGAAGAUUACCAAGAGAAGGCCCAGCUCCAGCAAAAAUUGGAGGGAGCGAUGAAUUCUACUGGUCAGACGUUCGUCGGCGGGCAGAGCCAUUUGUCUCCUCCAGUCCGCCAAUCCGGAUAUAGUCCACGUGGAACGAAUGAAUGA